CAUGCGUAGUUUUUUUCCUUCUGAAACAGAAAAGAGUUCACAUUUCACUGUUUGUGAACAGUGUUUGUUAUGACAUAGAAAUAAAUCAGUUGAAUUACCCAUCAAGUCAUGGGUGGAAGCAAGAGAGAUCGUAGAGAAAAAGAAGAAAGAUCAUCUAAGAAGAGUAAGGUGGAAGAAAUAAAGGUGGAUGAUUUCGAAGAUGAUGAUUCACAGGAAGCUGAAGUUGCCAAGGAAGCACCUUCAAUAGCUGGAAAACAAGUUAGCGAGAAGUCGCAGGAGGAUGAGUUUGGAGCCAAGGAUUACCGCACAGUUCUGAAGUUGAAGGACGAUCACAACAGUCGACCACUGUGGGUUGCUCCAAAUGGUCAUAUAUUUUUGGAAUCAUUUUCUCCUGUGUACAAGCAUGCACAUGAUUUUCUGAUCGCUAUUUCUGAGCCAGUGUGUCGACCGCAGCACAUCCAUGAGUACAAGCUGACAGCGUAUUCCCUGUACGCAGCUGUAUCGGUCGGCCUCCAGACUAAUGACAUCAUCGAAUAUCUGCAGAGACUGAGCAAGACGUCACUUCCUGAUGGAGUGAUUGAAUUCAUCAAGCUCUGCACCCUGAGUUACGGGAAGGUGAAGCUGGUUCUCAAGAAAAACAUGUACUACGUGGAGAGUGCUCACCCAGUAUGUUGUACAAAAGCAUAUCAGCAAUUUGCAUUAGAGAAUUCUUUACAGCUUAGCAAGCCAGCUGUCAGUUCAACAGAUGAUGCCCAAGCAGGCCCCUCGGGUAACGGAAAGACCGACGAAAACCAGGCUUCUGUUCCUGAUGACAUCUUUGACUUUUACGACAAGAUUGACAAGGACGAAGACGAUGAAGAUGAUGUCCAGUUGAAGACUGUGUCAUUUGAAGUAGUGCAGGACAAAAUAGAAGUUCUGCAGAAAAGGUGUAUUGAACUUGACUACCCACUUCUGGCCGAGUACGACUUCAGAAACGACACCAUCAACAAAGAUGUCAACAUUGAUCUGAAACCGUCGACAGUUCUGCGUCCAUACCAAGAGAAAAGUCUUCGUAAGAUGUUUGGAAAUGGGAGGGCGCGGUCCGGCGUCAUUGUCCUGCCAUGUGGAGCUGGUAAAACACUGGUAGGUGUGACUGCAGCCUGCACCGUGCGGAAACGAUGUCUGUGUCUGUGUACCUCAGGGGUAGCCGUGGAGCAGUGGCGAUCACAGUUCAAGAUGUGGUCAACAGUGGAUGAUAGUCUCAUCUGCCGGUUCACCUCCAGUGCUAAAGACAAACCCAUGGGCUGUGCUAUCUGUAUCAGCACAUACUCGAUGUUGGCGCACUCCAUGAAGCGGUCGUGGGAGGCGGAGAAGAUGAUGGAAUGGAUGCAGAGUCAGGAGUGGGGACUCAUGGUGCUUGAUGAGGUACAGACCAUACCAGCCAAGAUGUUUCGUAGAGUGUUGACAAUUGUUAAUGCUCACUGCAAGCUUGGUCUGACAGCCACUCUAGUCCGAGAAGACGAUAAGAUCGCUGAUCUCAAUUUUCUGAUUGGCCCCAAGCUGUACGAAGCCAACUGGAUGGAACUACAGAACAAUGGAUACAUUGCUCGGGUUCAGUGUGCCGAGGUUUGGUGUCCGAUGACUCCAGAGUUCUACAGAGAGUACCUGCAGAUGAGAUCGAUGAAGAAACUGCUGCUGUAUGGAAUGAAUCCUAACAAGUUCCACGCCUGUCAGUUCCUCAUUCGCUACCAUGAACGGCGAAACGACAAAAUUAUCGUGUUUGCCGACAACGUGUUUGCGUUAAAACAUUAUGCAAUCGCCUUGGGCAAACCAUACCUGUAUGGUCCCACGAGUCAAGACGAACGACUGCAAAUUCUACAGAACUUCGUCCAUAAUCCCAAAGUGAACACGAUCUUUGUGUCGAAGGUUGCCGAUACAUCGUUUGAUCUUCCGGAAGCCAAUGUUCUGAUUCAGAUCUCAGCUCAUGGUGGAUCUCGCAGACAGGAGGCUCAGCGUCUGGGUCGGAUUCUCCGUGCAAAGAAAGGUUCGAUAGCAGAAGAAUACAAUGCCUAUUUCUACUCGCUCGUCUCCCAGGAUACCAUCGAGAUGCAGUACUCAUUGAAGCGGCAGCGUUUCCUUGUUAACCAGGGAUACAGCUACAAGGUCAUCACAAAACUGGCGGGAAUGGAGCAGGAGAAACUGCUGUACAGUACUAAAGAAGAACAACUCAUGUUACUACAGAAGGUGCUCGCGGCCACGGAAAAAGAUGCCGAAGAAGAAGGAAAUCCUGGCGACCCAGACCGCCCUCUGUUUAUUCGGAAGCACGGCUCAAUGAGUUCGAUAUCUGGGUCAGAUGACACCGUCUACAUGGAGUACCAGAGAAAGAGACCCAAGUCAGACGCACUUCAUCCUCUCUUCAAGAGAUUCCGCAGAUAAUACAAGCCAUGUCGAUCUCUGUGAUGAUGAUAAUUGUUUUGUGAUGGUAUUGCUCGACACCCUCUCUUCAAGAGAUUCCGCAGAUGAUACAAGCCAUGUCGAUCUCUGUGAUGAUGAUAAUUGUUUUGUGAUGGUCUUGCUCAACACUCUCUUCAAGAGAUUCCGCAGAUGAUACAAGCAAUGUGGAUAUCUGUGAUGACGAUAAUUGUUUUGUGAUGGCAUUGCCAUCCUGUACACUGCCGAGCUAUCUGAUUUCAGACAGAAACUAGUCACAUUAAUCCUGUGUUUUUGAUAACAACAGUGGAGUAGUGACUAGGGACAUGUUCCCCUAGUGACAGGUUCAUGGAUGACGAAUUAACUGACCAGUUUAUUUAUUUGACCAGCAGUUGUCAUUCAGAAACCAGAUGGUCAUGAGAAUAUGGGACAGUACAGUACCAUGGUAGUGAGGUUGCCAUGGAAUCGAGGAAUAUGACUUUUUUUUUCAGAGGGAAAGGGAUAUUGCUUGUUUUCCACAGUGACAAAAUAUCAGCACUAUGUCAGUUCUUAGAUGAGAAACCAGUCCGAUUUGGUUAAAAGCAAAUAUUUAAAUUUUUAAAAUGACAGAAAACAAGUAAAUUAGUGUCAUUACUGGCAUGUGGGUUUUGAUGGAUUGUUUUUCUUCUUCUUUUGCAUUGGCCUGACUGGCUUAUGGAUUAACAAAUAAAAAUUGUAUUAAAUUACAAAAAUAAGAGGAAAAGAAUGAACAGUAGACAAUUACACUGUAACUUAUUAUUGGAGGGUGUUGGGCAUUUUCUAUUUAUUUAUUUUUUUACUUGUUUUAUUUGACUGGCUUUUCAAGUGGAUUAAAAAUAAUAAAACUGACGAAUAGAGUGACUGGAGAAAAAAGAAAGGUGAAGGAGGGAUGUCUGAUCAAGUCUUGUUUUUUUACUUUCUUCUAGCUUGCUAUUUCUUAGUACAAAGUGUGUCAAUAUACAGAUCUUGACAUAUAGAAAUAACCAGCAAUUGUUUAAUGUUUGUUGAGGAAAAUAAAGUGCAAAUAUUA